CAGCUCACGGCAUACGUCACACCGGUUGACGUGGAGGAAAAGAGUGUGAAUGACUGUAUGAUCAUCUCGUUCAGUGCUCUCAAACAUUCCGCAAAAUGAUCAAGAAGUUCGACAAAAAGGACGAGGAGUCCGGAAGUGGCUCGAACCCCUUUCAACAUCUGGAGAAAAGUGCUGUACUGCAGGAGGCUCGGAUCUUCAACGAGACGCCUAUCAAUCCAAGAAAAUGUCUGCACAUCCUGACAAAGAUCAUCUACCUGCUCAACCAGGGUGAGCACUUUGGAACAACAGAGGCCACUGAAGCCUUUUUUGCCAUGACAAGACUGUUCCAGUCCAAUGACCAAACGCUAAGAAGGAUGUGUUACCUGACCAUAAAGGAGAUGGCAAACAUCUCAGAGGAUGUGAUCAUUGUUACCAGCAGCCUGACUAAGGACAUGACCGGUAAGGAGGAUGUGUACAGAGGUCCAGCCAUCAGAGCUCUGUGCAGGAUUACUGAUACCACCAUGCUGCAGGCUAUUGAAAGAUACAUGAAACAAGCCAUAGUGGAUAAAGUGCCCAGUGUAUCCAGCUCCGCUCUGGUGUCUUCACUGCAUAUGGUGAAGAUGAGCUUUGAUGUGGUGAAGCGCUGGGUUAAUGAAGCUCAGGAGGCAGCUUCAAGCGAUAACAUCAUGGUUCAGUACCAUGCUCUGGGUCUUCUGUACCAUCUGAGGAAGAAUGACCGUCUGGCUGUGACCAAAAUGCUCAAUAAAUUUACCAAGUCUGGCCUCAAGUCUCCAUUCGCUUACUGCAUGAUGAUCCGUAUCGCCAGUAAACUGCUGGAGGAAACUGAAGGAGGGCAUGACAGCCCACUGUUUGACUUUAUCGAGAGCUGCUUGAGAAACAAACAUGAGAUGGUGGUUUAUGAAGCUGCCUCCGCCAUUGUCCACAUGCCCAACUGUACCGCCCGUGAGCUGGCACCCGCUGUCUCUGUUCUCCAGCUGUUCUGCAGCUCUCCCAAGGCAGCCCUGCGAUACGCAGCAGUGCGGACCCUUAACAAGGUGGCGAUGAAGCACCCAUCGGCUGUGACCGCGUGCAAUCUGGACCUGGAGAACCUGAUUACCGACUCCAACCGCAGCAUCGCCACCCUGGCCAUCACCACCCUGCUGAAGACUGGCAGCGAGAGCAGCGUGGACCGCCUCAUGAAGCAGAUCUCCUCCUUCGUCUCUGAGAUCUCUGAUGAAUUUAAGGUGGUUGUGGUCCAGGCGAUAAGCGCCCUGUGCCAAAAGUAUCCGAGAAAGCAUGGUGUGAUGAUGAACUUCUUGUCCAACAUGCUGAGAGAUGAUGGUGGUUUUGAGUACAAGCGAGCCAUCGUGGACUGUAUCAUCAGCAUCAUAGAAGACAACCUAGAGACUAAGGAGACGGGCUUGGCCCACCUGUGUGAGUUUAUCGAGGACUGUGAGCACACCGUCCUGGCCACUAAGAUUCUCCACCUGCUGGGGAAGGAGGGUCCACGCACCCCCACCCCCUCCAAAUACAUCCGCUUCAUCUUCAACCGAGUGGUGCUGGAGAGCGAGGCUGUGCGAGCAGCUGCCAUCAGCGCUUUGGCCAAGUUUGGGGCUCAGAAUGACGACCUGUUGCCCAGCGUGUUGGUCCUGAUGCAGAGGUGUAUGAUGGACAGUGACGAUGAGGUUAGAGACAGAGCCACGUUCUACGUGAAUGUUCUCCUGCAGAAGCAGAAGGCCCUGAAUGCAGGUUACAUCUUAAAUGGUCUGUCUGUAUCUGUUCCUGGACUGGAGAAAUCUCUCCACCAAUACACGCUAGAACCGUCCGAGAAAGGGUUUGACAUGAAGACGGUUCCCUUGGCAACCGCACCCAUCACUGAGCAGAAAACAGAAAUCGCACCUGUUGCAACAAGCAAGUUACCUGAAAAGCUUUCACCUUCACGCCAAGUUAUUUAUCAAGAGCAACUUGCAGCCAUUCCAGAAUUCCAAGGCCUGGGACCCCUGUUCAAAUCGUCCGAGCCGGUUCAGCUAACAGAAGCAGAGACGGAGUACGUGGUGCGUUGCAUCAAACACACUUUUGCAAAUCACAUGAUCUUCCAGUUCGACUGCACAAACACGCUCAACGACCAGCUGCUUCAGCGGGUUUUGGUUCAGAUGGAGCCUUCGGAAGCCUACGAGGUGCUGCAUUACGUACCGGCGGCCAGCCUCCUCUACAGUCAGCCCGGCUCUUGUUAUUGCCUGGUGCGGUUACCUGAGGACGACCCCACAGCAGUCUCUUGCACGUUCAGCUGUACGAUGAAAUAUCUGGUCAGGGACUGUGAUCCAAACACAGGAGAGCCUGACGAUGACGGUUAUGACGACGAAUAUGUGCUGGAAGAUUUAGAGGUGACAGUAGCUGACCACAUACAGAAGGUAUUAAAGCCAAACUUCGGCGCAGCGUGGGAGGAGGUCGGAGACGAGUUUGAGAAGGAAGAAACAUUUGCUCUGGCUACGGUCAGAACUCUAGAAGAGGCAGUAAACAACAUCAUCAGCUUCUUAGGCAUGCAGCCCUGCGAACGGUCCGACAAAGUUCCUGAAAGCAAGAACUCUCAUGUUCUGUUCCUAGCUGGUGUUUUCAGGGGAGGUCACGACGUGCUGGUGAGGUCGCGACUGGCCCUGGCCGACGGGGUCACUAUGCAGGUGACGGUUAGGAGCACUGAUGAGAACGUGGUCGAUGUCAUUCUGGCAUCUGUCGGCUAAAUGAGCGACCGGUCACAUGCCAAUCAGUCUAAGUCAAUGUACUUUUAUAUGUCUCUUUAUUAGCUCCGCUCCCCUGAUACAUGGGGUAUAUGUGAUUUAACAUUAAAACUUUCUCACUACCAUCUCUCUGUGGCUCAAGACAGUUUGUGAAAACAAAAUGAAAAUAAUGGCACUCCUGAAACACCUUGUUUAUAAACUUGACCUGUUGUUGGUUCUGCAUCAGAGAGAUUUUUUAAAUAUUGUGCCACUUUAAAUUGUGGAAAGAUAUCUUAGCAUGAUUUUGUUUCUCUUGCAUUCAAGUUUGUUUGGCCUUGUGCCGUCAGUUGUGGGAAACGAAUAUUACAAUGCAUUACAACAGCUUGUUUAUCAAUAAAACGGUGCAAAGCAGGAUGACGUGUUGGGUUUUUUGUUCCAAACAAAACAAGACACAAUUCAUAAACACACAUAUUUCAUUAAACAACAACAUUUGAGUUUCAAAGUAAACGUGAGUUAUUGACAAUUUAAUCAUUAAUAUUGAUUCUAAAUGAACUCUCUUUGUGAUGUUUCUCAUGGUCAUUUGAUACAAUACUUGAAUAAUACACAUGACAUGAAUGAUAGCAUGUCCGUGUCUACACAGACAGAGGAGAAAAAGACAUGGACAAACAGACAGAGGAGAAAAAGACAUGGACAAACAGACAGAGAGAGAGAGAGUGAGAGAGAGUGAGAGAGCGUCUGAGUCGGUCAAUGAGCUGUCUGUCCAAAGCAAUAUACAAUAUAUAUAUUUAUAAAGCAAUAUACAAAGUAAUGUAAUUUAGUAGAGGCGAGAUUCUCAAAUAUAUUCUUCACAGUAGGGUACGGUAGGUGGCGGUAUGGCACCUUUAACCUCACAAAACUGAAAUCUAAAAGCUAAAGCGACCAAGUGACGUAGGGACGCAGCAGUUCAUAUACUUUACCAUUAUAGUUAUAUUUUAACAAAUAUGUGAUUUUGUUAUGGUCCUGGUAAGCAGUGGAAUAUAAACCUCUUUUGUUCAAUGGCCCAAAUAAACCAGCUGAUGAGGUAAGACGAAAUCUUACAUAUAGGCUAUAUUUGUCAACUUAAUUGUCUAGGCUGAUGUAGCUAGUACCUUACUUUUAUUGUUGGUUCACAAUUAAACGAUGCUUUCCCGUUGUUAUUUGCAGACUAAUGGUCUGAUAUAAAUAGAUCCGACAUAUUUUGUUGCACAGCUUUCCCCAGUUUAAACUAAGCAUAGUAUGUUGUUUUGUCACACGUGUUAUAGAUACAAACGCCCACAUUGGUCGCUGAAUUGUAUGUCAACUACGCCGCCAUAUUGGACGGUGCAAGAAUGGCCGCUAAACAUAUGAGCUGCGGUUCUUCCGGUUAAAAGCGUAAUAUUGUUUACUUGUCUCAUACGAUUUUACUGGUUUAUGAUAUAUGUGGAGUACUAAAAACGUUAUUGUGCUUUUCUCUCAGUAAAAGCUGCAUCUCCCCUUUUACUUAGGGCAGUCUUGCCCUCCCCAAUAUGGCUGCGCCGUUGAAUUCCAUUUGUUUUACCGUCGCCUCUGCACACACUUGCUGUACUGCCAGUUUACUUUUUAGAACAUUUUAAUGAGAAACGUUGGUAAUAAAUUAGUAAUAUUGAACAGUACAGUCACAUCAUUAACUUAUAACGUCUUAUAAAUGAAUAUGAAUUAACCCUGUAAACCAUCACUGUUCACU